GCUCCGGUUCCGCUGCUCCGGUUCCGCUGCUCCGGUGCCGCUGUGGCCAGUCCUAGCACGACCAAACUCGACCCGCUCCGCUUCGUACACGCUCUCGUUGCUGUCCACCCCAGUCGGUUCCUCGCUUUCUUUCUCCCUCGUUGCAUUAGGGUUCUUGGUGUAAAAAUUCUCGCGCCGAAGGGUCAACCAGCCCAAUCAGCUCGUCACCACCUGUCCCCUCCUCCUUCGCGGUAAAAACCAGGUUACUGAGACAGUACAGCUCCCUCUAGCAAACCUAGGGCCGUGUGUGUGUGUUUUCGUCCUAUGUAUUAUGGCGACAGUCCCCCCUUUUUUCGUGGUGGAACGUGUACUACACUUUCCAGCGAGGGGGUAAACACCAGGGCUUUUUUCUUCUUUUUAUUUCUUUUCAUGCCCCUCCUUCCUACUGCGGUGCGUGCUGAAUUUUUUUUUUUAUCGCGAGAAGGGUCCAGCCGUCCCUUUCCCUCGUCAACGGUGCUAACGUCGAAGUUUGGUACUCACGAGAGCUUGUCAGCUAUAUUUCGCUGUCACCCGCACAUUUCGUAAAUUUUCACCCCAUGGAGACUCG